AUGUCGACAGUCAUUACCCCCGCCAAAGGGAAUGAGUCGAAGAAGGAACCCGCACCCCGCCCGUGUCCAUCAUCAUGUGGAGCAACCGUCUCGGGCAGGGAUCCCCAUCCCAUGUGCAUUGUGUGCAUGGGCGCCAAGCACGCUCAAACGUCGCUUGCGGACCCACAAACGUGCGUUCACUGUGCGUCAUUGCCGGUUAAAAUUUUGGAGAGAAGGCUGAGAGUGGCGGUGGCUAGUCAGCAGGACCCAUGUCUGGCUGGAGCCAUCGCGAAAACUAAGGCUAACGAUCAUCAGAGAGCUACUACGACGAGCUGGGCUGAGAUGAUGGAAGCCGAAUCCCCGGAUAUGCCUCCUCUGUUCGAUGGCCUUCUCGCACACGAGGAUGAGGAGCCGGGAGACGAGGACGCAGAGGGCGAUGCUAACUCUGACCUCCUCGACUUGGACAUGGACGAAGAGGAGGAGGAAGACAACUCUCUCUUCCCUGUCCAGCAGUCUAGACCUCCUAGCGCGACUGACACUGGCUCGCAGGCAGACAGUAACCUGCACGAGGUAUGCAAGCGAGCCGCGGCAAAACUGGGCUUAGCGUGGCCCGCGGCCCAGGAUUCAGAGGGAGCAGAGAGGGACCUUUAUGACGGGAAAAGGCUACCGCCUGCUCAAACCACAACGAGACAACUCCUACCCGCCGUACCGGCGUGCAUGAAGGAGAUGUCCCGCCAUUGGGGUAGCCCCUUUAAGAGCAAGCUCCCGACCAAGGGAUGCUCUAAACUUGAAAUCCAAGGAAUGGGAGAGCUGGGGCUGGCCGGACCCCCAGCGAUAGAGUCUUCAGUGGCCUAUCACCUCCAUCCAUAUCGUCGAUCUAUUUCUGCCUCUUCCCAAAUUUCGCUGCCGAACAAGAUGGAGCGCCUGACCGCGUCCAUCUAUCAGAGGAUGUACAAGUAUGCGGCGCAGUCAGUGUGCUCGCUGAACGCGGUGACUUUACUGUCAGCGUACCAGGCGGAGAUUUUGGAGGAGAUGGGGCGACAACUAGAUACAGGAGUGCCGAACCCAGCUCUCUGGGACGAGAUAUGUGUGGUAAACGACCUAAUUCUCCGCUCUUCUCGUGGCGCGGUUCAGGGCUGUGGCCGUGUUAUGGGCUUGGCCGUUUCAGGUGAGAGAGCGUUAUGGCUGAACCUGUCUGGUUUAGGCGACGCUCAAAAAGCUGAGGUGAUGGACGCUGCGUUCGACCCAACUAAGGGCCUUUUCGGACCAGCUCUCGAGAAAAUGAGAGAAACCAGCACCCUCAGGAAACAGGAGGACGAGGCUUUUAACCUCUGUUUACCGCGCAAGCAAACACCGCGACCACCCUCUCAGCCAGCACGGCAAGCGGACAGCAAGUGGGCUAUCGUCCGAGAUCUGAUGGCUCCGGACCCGGGGGGAAACAUUCAUUUGCGGCCGCGGCAGCGAGAAACCGCCCACCCCACCCCGAGGAUCGGAAGAAGAAGCGUGCGACCUGACACGCGAAUGUUCCCCGUCACUUCUCUCUCCGCCCGCAAAGAGAAAGAGGGGGUCCAGCCCUGUUGUUCUCAGUUCAGUAAGGGCUCCAGCUAUAAGCAAUCAAGUUCAAAACGUUCUCAAGUGUCACCAAGCACUUACACUGGGUUUUCAAACGCCCAUCAGUUCAGGGGAAUGUUUAAUAAAAAAUGCAUUAUCGCAUCCAGGCCACAGGCUGAGGGCAACGUGCUCCCCCAACUCAUUAAACACAAUAAAUGUUUCACUAUCGCAGCCAAGCAGACAGCCGAGGGCGAUAGAUUGCAAAAAGAUCCAAACAUUGAGAUGUGUAUCCCUAGCCUCUCCGCUGGAGGGAGCGCGCGCACCUCCAGAAGGGGUCAGCGCGGAGACGGUAAUGACGUCAUCAAAACGCGCCGGCGUUGGGGAAGUAUACAGGGGACCUCUCUCGGCUCGCAUACUCAGUUGGCGCGCAUGCGCAGCUCAUCCGUGGGUUGUAAACACAAUUUCACGGGGAUACAGGCUUCAAUUUGCCAUGAAACCACCCAGAUUCAAUGGUAUAAUAGCCUCAGCGGCCGAGGGAGAGUCAGCUCGCGUCCUGACGGCCGAGAUAGACUGUCUUUUAGAAAAACGAGCCAUCAGAGUAGUGCCAAAGGAAGUGAGCUGUCAGGGCUUUUAUUCCCAUUACUUUGUGAUCCCAAAGAAGGGGAGCAUAUCGCUGCGUCCAAUUCUAGAUCUCCGUGUGUUAAACAAGCACCUACGGAAAUAUUCAUUCAAAAUGUUGACACACAAGACACUUUGUCGAUCCAUCCGCCAGAACGACUGGUUUGUGACGAUCGAUCUGUCAGACGCGUAUUUUCACAUAGAUAUUUACCCGUCUCACAGGAAGUAUCUCAGGUUUGCUUUUCGAGGCACUGCCUACGAAUUUCAGACAAUGUCCUUUGGUCUGUGUCUAGCACCAAGAGUAUUCAGCAAAUGUGUGGAAGCAGCACUUUUCCCAUUGAGAAACAGGGGGAUAAGAAUACUGUCGUACAUAGACGAUUAUCUGAUUUGCGCCUCGUCGAAAGAGCAAGCAAUCAAAGACGCAGAUAUGGUGUUAUUGCAUCUCGACAGCUUGGGAUUCAGAAUAAACAUGGAAAAGAGCCGCUUAGAGCCAGCUCAGCACGCACAAUAUCUGGGGCUCAGUAUAAACUCCCUCUCUUAUCGAGUCACUCUGACAGAGAGGAGGAUCGCGUCAUUCACUCAGUGUCUCUCCCGUUUUCAGACGGGGAAAGUUGUCCCGUUCAGACUGUGCCUGCGAAUGCUGGGCUUAAUGGCUUCAGUGAUAUCUGUAGUACGACUGGGACUACUAAUAAUGAGAGACUUUCAGCGCUGGGUCGCGCAUCUGCGUCUGUGUUCUCGGCGUCAUCUCAACCGACAGGUGAGAGUGACGUAUGCGUGCGUCAGAGCGCUCAGACAUUGGAAAAGCCCCGCGAUCCUCAGAUCGGGGAUUCCCCUGGGGGCAGUGUCGUCGAGAGUCACUAUGACGACGGACGCAUCAUUAAAGGGCUGGGGAGCGACUUUAAUGGGCAGAACUGUGAACGGCGUUUGGCCCCCUCAGCUAAUUCACAAACACAUAAAUUACUUGGAAUUGUUGGCAGUGUUUCUAGCGCUGAAACAUUUUCUGAGCUUCAUCAGGGGUCAGCAUGUUUUAGUGAAAACAGACAAUUCCACAGUGGUUGCUUAUAUCAACCGACAGGGAGGCACACGCUCUCUUCAGCUGCACAAGCUGGCAAAAGAGCUGAUUGUGUGGUGCGACAUAAGUCUUUUAUCCAUCAGGGCAACCCAUGUUCCAGGGAUAUUGAACAGGGGGGCAGACUUGUUGUCCAGAGGAAAUCCCCGGUACAGAGAGUGGAAGCUUCAUCCCCAGGUGGUGAAGCAGAUAUGGCAGAGAUACGGCCAGGCGGUCGUAGAUCUCUUCGCCUCGCAGGAAAACGCCCAAUGUCCUCUGUACUUCUCUCUGGCAGACGGAAAUGCACCAUUGGGUGUGGAUGCUUUAGCCCACCAAUGGCCAAAUGUCCUGCUGUAUGCAUUUCCCCCUCUGAGCCUGAUUUCACCCACUCUAGCCAGGGUGAGGGAAAUGGGAUUGUCGCUGAUACUGAUAGCCCCAUGUUGGCCUUCCAGACCUUGGGUGGCCGAGAUUGUUCAACUACUGUCGGGUCAGCCGUGGCCCCUCCCUCCCCGGAGGGACCUCCUGUCACAAGCGGGGGGGGAAAUCUACCAUCCUCACCCAGACAGGAUAGCUCUCUGGGCCUGGCCCGUGAAAGGUGGAAUUUAAGUGCAGCAGGUCUGCCCCCAUCGGUCAUACACACUAUACAGAGUGCAAGAGCCUCUUCCACUCGUUCACUGUAUAGUAAUAAAUGGCGAGUCUUUGAUGAAUGGUGUGGACGGAUUCAUAUUGUCCCUUUUCAAUGUUCAGUGAGGGACAUUUUAUGUUUCCUGCAGGAUCUGCUAGAUAAAGGGAAAGCUUUUUCUACGAUAAAGGUAUACUUAGCGGCUAUAUCUGCUUGUCAUGUGGGUUUUGGUGACAAGACAGCAGGUCAGCACCCUUUAAUAAGUCGAUUUAUGAAGGGGGCACGACGUAAGAGGCCAGGGGCCAGGCGAAUGGUCCCAUUGUGGGAUUUGUCUACAGUCUUAGAGGCCCUUUCUCAACACCCUUUUGAGCCAUUGGAAGCUAUAGGGUUAAAGUUUCUCUCGCUCAAGACAGCACUACUGUUAGCGCUGGUGUCAGCUAAGAGGGUGAGUGACUUACAGGCACUGUCGGUUAGCCCAUCUUGUCUGCAGUUUUCUGCAGGGUUUACAAGGGUUUCCUUUCGCCCUAACCCGGCUUUCAUACCUAAAGUGGUGGAUUCGUCAUAUAGAUGUCAAACUACAGAUCUUGCAGCUUUUCACCCUCCUCCGUUCUCUUCUCCAGAGGAGAGGAGGUUGAAUGCCUUGUGUCCUGUACGAGCACUUCGUGUGUACGUAGAAAGGACAGCAGGUUUCAGGAAAAAUGACCAACUGUUCGUGUCAUGGGCUACUCCUCACAAGGGGAAGCCAUUGUCACGUCAGCGACUGUCCCACUGGAUUGUAGAAGCUAUUUCCUUAGCAUAUGCAUGCAGAGGUUCCCAACCUCCCGAGGGCUUAAGGGCCCACUCAACUAGGGGCAUGGCGACAUCAUGGGCCUUACUCAGAGGUGUUUCGGUCCAGGAGAUCUGUGCUGCAGCAAGCUGGGCCACACCGCACACUUUUGUGCGAUUUUAUAGACUGAACGUGUCUGAGCCAUCCUUAGCUCAUGCAGUGUUAGGAGUCAGCACGUCAAGUCCCAUAUGAUUGGUAUAGCGUAUGUUGCAAUCCGGGAGUGGUCUAUAUCUCCCAUAGUGAAACACCGAGCGAAGUUAGAAAAAGAACGAUGGGUUACUUAACGUAAUCCCAGGUUCUUUGAUAACAGAGUGAGGUGUUUCACCAACACUUCCCUCCUUGCAUAGGAACGGGAAGAAAUCUCUCUUAAUGACUUCGUAGGGGUCGACCUGAGUAAUAUAGGUGGGGGCGGAGCCUGAUCUCAGGUCGACCUGUCUGUCAAAGACAGACGUGGUGGCAUAGGAGCUUCCGUAGUUGGUCACGCCCAAAGCGAUUCCCAUAGUGAAACACCUCACUCUGUUAUCAAAGAACCUGGGAUUACGUUAAGUAACCCAUCGUUAUUCCACAUGUACAGUGCAUACAGAGAAUUUAAUUGCAUUACUCUCAGAUCCUUGGUGCAUACAGAUAACACUACAGUAGAACAUUAAAUACAGAUACAAUAUAAAGUACAUCUAUACAAAUAGGUCAUAUAAAAAGAAAGAAGUAAAGCAGCACAAGGCACAAGGCAGAUAGAGUGCAAACCAGUGAAGUAAACAGUAUAGAUAUAAUAAUAUAAUCUGACAGUGAAGUAACUUUGAAUACAGAAAGUUACACCACAUGAGAGCUCUGAUUCACCUCAUAUUAGCUAAAUCAAGAAGUGAUGGUCACAGGUCAUGAGUCCACUCAAACAAUCAGAACAGCAUGGAAAGACAAGGAAAAUCUCACCUGCUGCGCUUUGGCUGCCAUUUCACCAUACAUAACGACUGUGUCUGAAUUUGUGAUAUUUAUCAUUAUAUUGACAAUGACCUCUGACUCUGUCAUGAAUUGUGAAAGGACACAGAACGUUUGAUAAAUCAUUGAACUGGAAUUAGCCCGAACAUUUUAGAAACAGACAAGAAAUUUUACCUCUUUCUUCAGGCAGAUGAACCAUUGCAUGAGUGUCAAAUAAUAACUUCCUAUUGCCAGACUUAGCGAUGUAAGAUUUUUUCUCGGGUUUUACUGAAGAGUUUUAACUAAUGUGGUCAACUCUGAAAUAAAGGGAACAAGUAGUGAGUAGAAUACGCAAAUCAUAGAGAACUGGUCAUAAGUAAACAAACGUGUGUAUCACUUCUAAUAGCAAAAACAUACUGUAAAUGCAUACCUCUGGCCAAAAUGCGUGAACCUCUCAACAGCCGAACAGACUCCGUGUCAGACCUUAAAUAAUGAUUAGUCCUUAUUCCGCUAAAUCCAUUUCUAAUCGCAGAGAUUAUAUGUAGGGUGGAUCAGGGUAAUGUGGGACACUUUUAGCCAUUUUGACUUGUGCAUCAUUCCAUAUGAAGCCAAAAUGAUACAUCAAAAUUAUAUCAUUAUGAAAUCCCCAAGAUGUUCCCUAUCUAAAUCAGAAUAUUUUUUUUCAGAAAUUGAAAUUAAAGGGGAAAUGGCACAUAUAUUAGUGGACAUUCAACUGAAACUGUCUUGCUCUCAGUUGUUGAAGCUCUAACACUGGCAAGAGCAGAAUCCAAAUCUUCAGUACUUAUCCUGCUUGAUCUGUCUGCUGCUUUUGACACGGUUAACCACCGGAUCCUCCUAUCAACCCUACUGCAAAGGGCAUCUCAGGAACCACACUUCAAUGGUUAGGGUCUAACCUAUCAGAUAGGUCCUUCAAAGUAUCUUGGAGAGGUGAGGUGUCCAAGUCUCAACAUCUAACUACUGGGGUGCCUCAGGGCUCAGUUCUUGGACCACUUCUCUUCUCUGUCUACAUGGCAUCGUUAGGUUCUGUCAUUCAGAAGCAUGGCUUUUCAUACCACUGCUAUGCUGAUGACACUCAACUCUACCUCUCAUUCCAUCCUGAUGAUCAGUCGGUAGCUAUUCGUAUCUCGUGACCUGGGCAAUCAGCGCUGAUACAUCGGCGCUGGUGUGUGCAAAUCACAAGAUGAUUGCCCUCACAUGUCGCUUGUUCCCAUUUUCCCUUAUAUUCCCUGCUGUGUCUGUCCCUUGUUGUCAGUAGAUUUCGUGUUGACUUUGUGACAGUACUGUGUGUCUGUUUUCUUACCUGUUUUCCACGGUGUUGCUCAGGACGUCUAGACGAGGAGUCUUACGUUGGCCGCGUGCCCGAGAUCCUCUGUCUCAUUUAUCCAUAUCCCGCUGGGCAUUGCACCAGUGGUGGUCUCCACAGCCUGUGUCCACAGGUGAGUGUACGGACGGCUCUGGAGUUGUAACACUUGGGUUUUUGUUCGUGUGUGUGUCUUCACACAUUGGAUUAUUUUUGGAUUCACGGUUGUACAAAUAAACUGUUUCACUUA